GGGUUGACCUUGUUAGUUGUAACCCCUCGAUCAUUUGUAGCAUUGUACACAAAAAAAAAACAUUAUAAAGGUUUGAACUUAGGGGGGUUUACAACUUAAAAUCUUAAAUAUAUGGAGAAUGGAGACAAAUAUAUUUAUUUUAUGACAGAGAAACAUACGGAGUACUAUAUAUAUUAAGCUAAGUGCCUAAGGUUACAUUGCUUGUGAACUUAAUUUGUAAAUUAAUAUAUUGUGUGAUCUAAAACAUUUUAUAUAGACAUAUAGAGAGAGAAGAGAGAAGAAAAACAGAGAUGGAGGGAGGAAUGGGCGGAGUAUACGGCGGCGGAGACGGCGGAGGGUAUCCGUACCACCACCAUGAAGCGUUGGAAGGUGGUGUUUUCAUGUCAAGGGACCCAAAACCAAGACUACGGUGGACUCCUGAUCUUCAUGAACGUUUUGUUGAUGCUGUUACCAAGCUUGGUGGACCCGACAAAGCAACUCCUAAAUCAGUGCUGAAGUUAAUGGGACUAAAAGGGUUGACAUUGUACCAUUUAAAGAGCCAUUUACAGAAGUACAGGCUAGGACAACAGUCCAAGAAGCAAAUAACUUCUCAAGGGAAAACAGACUCCUUUUUGCCGGGAAAUUCAUAUUCAAGAUACAGCCUUCAUUGCUCAGAGGCGAGUACUAGUGGAGCUGGCAUCGGUUCGUCAACCGGCAAUUAUGAUUUAGGAGAUGUACCUAUCACAGAGACAUUAAGGAGUCAGCUUGAGGUACAGACCAAAUUACAAGAACAAAUGGAGGUGCAACAGAGAUUGCAAACAAGAAUAGAAGCACAAGGAAAGUAUUUACAAGCCAUAUUAUGCAAAGCACAAGAGGGCAUUUCUGUUGAUCAUAUGAGCUGCCCAAUUAGUACUAAUAAUAAUCACAGUAAUCAGGAAAACAUAUUGUUUAGUGGACAUGUUAAUAAUAAUAAUAAGGAGAUGAAGUCAGUUUUUGAUCAGAUUUACCCUGAUCAGCAAGAUUAUAAGGGAGAUUUGUUGAAGAUUAAGCAUGAAGCAGCUGCAUCAGGAAAUUAUUGUUCCUUGCAAUUGAACUUAAAUAAUGGGGGUACUACUACUACUAAUAACAACAAUUAUGAGUUUGGUGGUGCUUAUAGAAGAUAGUAACAUGAAUUUGACCUAAGUUUUAGCUUCCUAAUUACUUUAAUUAAUUAAUUUGUCAAUGAUGUAUAUGCAUGAUGUAACACUAUUACUCUAACUUGUAAUUAAUCAUAUAAGUAUUUAUGGUUUUCUUUUCAUGGUGUAGUGUAUAGUAUGAAACUAUGAAAGAGCAUUAUGCAUUUAUGUGUUCAGGUUAAAGCUAUAGCUUAUUUUGUUA